AUUCAUUCAAAAAAUGGUUUUUGUUUAGCCCAAACGAAUACUUUGUUUUCUUUUCUAAAUGAGUUUUUAGAUGCGUUACUUUUACUUAAUUAGUCAUAUUGCGUACUGCAAUGAUGUGUAUUUUGCCUAAUUUUUAGAUAAAUAAGCAGUUUUGUGUUAUGAUAGUGUUUAAGGUAGAAAUAUGAGAUUGCUGUCGUGGUGAAUAACACCCUUGUAAAUUUAUUAUUAGUGUUGCGAAAUAGACAUAAUACAGGCCUCAACGAUGGGUAUUAUGUACGAAAAGCGGCCGCUGAAAAGGCCACGGCUUGGGCCUCCCGAUGUAUACCCUCAGGAGCCCCGCCAAAAGGAAGAUGAACUAACAUCAACGAAUGUAAAACAUGGUUUUUCUACAACACCACAGUCCAGCGACGAGUUUGGUACUGCUAGGAAUUUUAAUUAUUCAGCAUCGAAGAUAGGACAAUUCUUUUCAAGUAUACUCUCUAAGAAGGAAGAAUUGAAUACACUGCCUGAUUGUGGAAGGAAGAGACAACAAGUCAAUCCUAAGGACAAUUUCUGGCCUGCCACUGCACGCACUAAGGCACAAAUUGAGGCCUGGUUCAAGGACUUAGCAGGAAGCAAACCACUAUCCCAAUUGGCAAAGAAAGCACCAAACUUCAACAAGAAGGAAGAGAUAUUUAUAACUCUGACUGAGUACCAGGUCUCUAUGCCCAGAGCCGCCUGGUUCAUCAAGCUUAGUUCUGCAUACACCGUUGCUGUUUCUGAAGCUAAGAUCAAGAAGAGACAGUUACCUGAUCCAACCACUGAGUGGACCACAACACUGAUCAAGUUCCUCAAGGAUCAGAUUCCGAAACUAGCUGAACAUUACCAAAGCGCCGUCCCUGGCAAUGUGUCUGAUAAAACGCCACCUUCUCAAUCUGGCCAAGGUACUCCGAGCCACAACUCGUCAGGCAAUCCACCAGGUAGCUCCACACCCAACUCCACUGCUUCCAAUUCUAUGCACUCUCCUGGAAAUUCCAGCACUCUAGGUUCAGGUACACCUGGCCCAAGUGAGAGUACAGACUGGCGACAGGCACUGAAGCUAUGGAACUAUUGCUGCCGCCUUGCGAAGUACCUCCUGGACGAAGGUCUACUAGACAGACAUGACUUCCUCACCUGGAUCAUUGAGCUACUGGACAAGAGAGCGCCUGAUGAUGGUCUUUUGAGACUAUUCUUACCUCUGGCCUUACAACAUAUGAGCGAGUUUGUAUGCUGUGAGAGCCUCUCCCGCCGGCUCGCGACAUCCUGCGCCAAGAAGGCAGCAGCCAUUUGCUCAGUGCUCUCUGAUACUACAUUGAGGACUCUUAACCAACCCGCUGUCUUCACUAAAACGGUUGACAGGAAUGCAGAAACAAAUGGCGCACCAAUGUCGCCUGCGAACGAGACGACCGCAGACGUCAAGCCAAAUAUAUCACAGAUCAAAAGAGAGCCUACUCCCGUGGAAAACCAGGGCACGCCUAAUCCCAACCAUUCUUUGGGCACGCCUAACCCCAGCCAUUCCUUAGGCACGCCUAACCCGAAUCAUUCCAUGGGUACGCCAAACCCCACACAACCGAUGGAUGUCCAAGUGAAGGAAGAGAGGGCUUCACCGGCUAGAGAGACGAAACCUGCCCUAGCCACUGUAGUCGCCGCCGCCAUGAAUCCGGUUCAAGCUGGUUUUGGGGAGAUACUGAACUGUUCUUACCACAGAGAUGUUAUUAUACAACUCGCUACUAUUCUGCAGGUCAUUUGCAUCGAGUGCCCGACGGCCAUGGUGUGGUCAGGGUGUGGUUCGUCACUACAAGGCUCACCUCUAGAUCUAUUGCCAAUACCACCAUCGGCGUUACCAAUGCCUCACAUGGACACAGACGUCACAGAGGAACACAGAAAACUGGUGUAUGAGGCAGAACAAGAAAUCUCAGCAAGAAGCAAAAAGGCUGAAAGCAAAUGGUGCACAGACAAGUGGCAGACCAGCUCACAAGCUAGAGUUUUAGCGGUAUUGGAAGCUCUGGACAGGCACUGCUUCGACAGAGUGGACCCUAACAAUAAUUUGGACACCUUGUAUAAAGAAGUGUUUGCGAAUUGUCCUCCACCCUCAAAGGAUAAUAGUGAUACCAAAGAUCCAGAGUGGGCGUGUCCGUAUUCUGUGGUGCGUGUGAUAUGUGAGUGGGCGGUGUGUGGGGCCCGCUGGGGAGAACAUCGCGCCCAGGCCGCCGCUGCACUCCUCGACCGGAGGCAGCAUCACACAUUGCACCAUCACCACGACCACCAUGCGACUGGAUCCGAUGACAAGGAAUCAGUGAGCUCUGGCACUGGCAUGUACAACGGUCCACCAAUAUUUCAGAACCUACUUCUGCGCUUCUUAGACAAUGAUGCUCCAGUACUAGAUGAGAGCCCCAACGCCCCACCAGGCAACAGGCAACAGUUUGCCAACUUAGUGCAUUUGUUUGGCGAGCUAAUACGUCGCGACGUUUUCUCUCACGAUGCCUACAUGUGCACGCUUAUCUCACGAGGGGAUUUGAUAUCCCCGACGGAGCCGACGUCGACUGGAGGCAGUAACCACAAUGUGGCGCCCCCUUCCAACAGUACCAGCACUCACAACAUGGACGAUGAUAUCUUCGCCGGUAUUGAUCUCAAGCCUAAGAUGGAGGAAAACGUCCGAAUGGACUUGGACGACUCGAAGAUAGAUGAUGACCUGGACAAGCUGCUCCAGCAUAUCAAGGAGGACCAGCAGAACUCCAUGGAUGCGCCCGACAGCCCCAAAGACCCGGGAGAGCCUUCACACAGCGUGAAUUCUCCUAUGAUGGGGCCGGGUGGAAUGAGCAUCCCGGGCAUACCUUCCAUGAGCAUGGGGCCCAUGUCUGUACCAGGUAUCCGCACGUCAAGCGCGGCGGGUUCAAGUGGUUGCGCCGGGGGUGGGGCGGUGUCCCGACACUACCACUACACGCUGCACUUCCCGCUGCCGCCAGCGGAGCCCGAGCACACGCCCCACGACGCCAACCAGCGACACAUACUGCUGUAUGGAGUCGGCAGGGCCAGGGACGAAGCCAAACAUGCUGUCAAGAAGAUGACCAAAGAAAUAUGUAAAUUAUUCUCUAAGAAAUUCUCCAUCGACGUAGCAGAAGGCGGUAAAAUAAAGAAACAUUCACGGAAUGAAUUUAACUUCGAAGCUGUUACCCAGAAAUUCCAGGCGAUGUCAAUGUACGAGCAGGGCGCGGUGUCGUGGGCAGUGGGCAGCGCGGUGUGCGAAGCCCUGGCGGCCUACGCGGCCGGCGCCACCACGUACCUGCCGCAACCUGAACACGUCGCGUUCGCACUCGACCUCAUGGAGAUCGCGCUCAAUGUCCAUGGCCUUAUUGAGACCUGCAUACAGAUCCUGAAAGAGCUGUCGGAGGUGGAAAGUGCGUUGAUAUCUCGCGGUGCGCCCAGCAGUGGGCUGGCGGCGCCGCGCGCCUAUACGUCCGCGCUCGCACUCUACACUGUCGGUGCGCUAAGGAAAUAUCAUUCUUCGUUGCUGUUAUGCGUGGAGCAGACGUCCGCGGUGUUCGAGCAGCUGUGUCGCCUGGUGAAGUGCGUGGUGAACCCCGGCGACUGCGGGUCGGCGGAGCGCUGCGUGCUGGCCCAGCUGCACGACCUGUACAAGGCCGCCGCGCAUCUCUGCCACGCGCCGCACGCUGAUACAUUCGCUAAUGCAUACCCUAAGAUCAAACAAGCUCUGUAUUCACCCCUGCAACCAACACCAUCCAACUACCCGUACAAUCCUCAAUUUUUGAGUGAAUUCUUCACCAAUCCACGUAAAGGUAAAAUAGAGAUCGCAUGGGCGCGUCAAGUAGCCGAGUCUCCAGCGAACAGGUACAGCUUUGUGUGCUCUGCCAUGCUCGCUGUUUGCCGGGAAGUGGAUAAUGAUCGCGUGAACGAGCUGGGCGUGGUGUGCGCGGAGAUGACGGCGUGGUGCGCGGCGCUGGCGGCGGAGUGGCUGGGCGCGCUGGUGGCGCUGUGCGGGGCGCAGCACUACCCGGGCGCCGCGCCGCCGCCGCUCUACCCCGACCUACUGCACCACCGCGACCUGCACGACGCCGCCGCGCACGACGCGCUCGCUGUCUUCACCUGCAUACUCGUCGCGCGACACUGUUUUUCGUUAGAAGACUUUGUACGUCACGCGGCGCUCCCAUCGCUGCUGAAGGCAUGCGGUGGGGGCGGCAAUACGGGGAAUGCACCGAACGCACCCUCGCCUGACACGGGCGCACGGCUGACUUGCCAUCUACUGCUUAGACUGUUCAAGACUGUUGAUACACCACAACCUGGGCUGUACUCGGUGUCGACGUCUCCGGGUCCUGGCGGCGCGGCGGCGGGUGUAAGACUUUCUUGCGACCGCCACCUUUUGGCCGCGGCGCAUAAAAACAUCGGCGUUGGGCCCGUACUAGCUACGCUUAAGGCUAUACUUAUGGUCGGUGACUCAACCGCCCGAGACGGAGGCAAAGCAGGCGGGAAGAAAUCGUGUGAACUGUCGCAUAUACUGGGCACUAGCGACACAGUGCCCACAGACGCACAACUAGACCUUAUGUCGAUGGUAGAUUCAGAGAUGAGUGGGGGCCAUAAAACUCCUAGGGGUAGCGGUGGCGUGGGUUCCACUCUCCUGGACUCCUCGCAGUCGCUGUCGUCUUUAGCCAGAAGGGUUCUGGCUGAGAUUUGCUCCGAAGAAUGGGUCCUGCAGAAAUGUCUGCAAAAUCCCGAUGAGUUAUACCAGCCUGAUAUGCUUUUGGAUCCUAUGUUGACUCCGAGACAGGCUCAAAGGUUGCUGCAUAUGAUCUGCUACCCUGAAUCAGCGAGCCACACUCAUCCGGACCUCGAUCAGAAGACUAUGAUUACGAGGCUCUUGGAGAACCUGGAACAAUGGUCGCUCCGCAUGUCAUGGCUGGACCUGCAGUUGAUGUUCAAGCAGUUCCCCAGCGGGUCGUCGGAGCUCAGCGCCUGGUUGGACACUGUGGCGCGCGCCGUCAUUAACGUCUUCCAACAACCCGCGCCUCCACCACCUGAUAAAGAUAGGACGGGGACGGACCGCGGCGUCGUAAGCACGAGCAAAUGGUCGGAGUCAGUGUGGCUAGUGGCCCCGCUCGUCGCCAAGCUGCCCGCCGCCGUGCAGGGCCGCGUACUCAAGCAGGCCGGACAGAUUCUGGAGAGUGGUUGGGGAGCAGGAUGCAGUGGCAACUGUUCUAGCGGUGGGGGAGGUGGGGGUAGCUCGCACAGAGACUGCAAGAGUCACCAGAGUCCUAGCUACAAAGGGUCAGCGGGCGGGGGUAGUGGCGGCAAGCGCGGCGUGUCGGGUGGUGCCUGCGGCGGGGGCUGCGCCUGCGGGGCGGCCGCCGCCGUCCGCCUCGCCAACGAGCCACUUUUGUCGCUCGUACUCACCUGUCUGCGCCACCAAGACGACCAGAAGGAAAGCCUUCUAAGCUCGAUCCACGCGCAACUGCAGCACUACGUGACGCACGCAUGCGCGGACAGCUGGCAGGACGACGCGGCGCCCGACGCGCUGCUCCUCCGGUUCUCCCUCGCCGGCGGCAUGUUCGACGCCAUCCGACGCUCGUACCAACUCACCGCCGACUGGGCCGUGCUACUCACGCAACUAGUCGCCCAUCAACUCAUCGAUGCUUACAAUAACAGUUUGUGUCGCAGCAACCUGUUCUCCACUCUAAUCGACAUGCUUGCCACUCUGAUACACUCGACCCUGGCCGACGGAGGGGACGACAACAAUAGGAAACAUUACCAGAAUCUCAUGAAGAAAUUGAAGAAGGAAAUCGGUGAUCGCCACGGACCGUCCGUGCAAUGCGUGAGACAACUACUACCGCUUUCAAAGAAUACUAUCAUCGAGGUCAUCGCGUGCGAACCCAUCGGAUGUCUCGUCGACCAGAAAGGGAACAAGAUCACUGGAUUUGAUAGUGAUAAAAAACAGGGUCUUCGUUUGACGGACAAGCAGCGUGUUUCGAGUUGGGAGCUGGUGGAAGGAGGGCGCAACCCCGCGCCACUAUCCUGGGCGUGGUUCGCGGCCACCAAGAUUGAGAGGAAACCACUGACAUAUGAAAAUGCUCACAGACUCCUGAAAUACCAUACACACAGCCUGGUGAAGCCGCUGAGUUACUAUCUAGAACCUUUGCCGCUGCCACCUGAGGACCUGGAAACAAACGAUAGCAAACAGGACAAUGGUAGUCUAGAUUCGAGCCCAACGGGUGCAGGGAAGGCGAGAUCACGGAACGCUCCGUGCAAGAACAUCAAGAAGUCGAAGCCAACUACACCGACAAAUGGUGUACCGGCAGCGGGCGGGUCGGCUGGGGGCGUGGCGCCUGCGCCCGCGCAACAGCCGCAGUUCAUGCAGCAACAACAACAGUGGUUCCCGCCACCCGGACCCGGCCAGAACUAUUACAAUCCACCUGCGGGCGUAAGUCCUCGCAGCGUGUCGGCGGCGCCGCCCUCCAACAACCAGUCCAAGCAGGCGCUCAGCAACAUGCUGCGGCAGCGAGUGCCCUUCAACCAGAUGACGCAGAUGCAGCAAAGCGGCGGGUACCCAGGAGCUCCUCACGCGCGCGCUCCGUUCCCGCGGCAGACCAUGCGACAAAUGCAACCCAACCAGAUGGGAGCUAUGCAGUCCGCUCAAAUGAAUCCAAUGGGCGGCAUGGGUGGAAUGGGUCCUAUGGGCCAAAUGGGUGGAGUGCAAAUGCCCGGACAGAUGGGCGGUGGCCAGAUGGCAGCGGGACAGAUGAGCGCUGGACAAAUGGGCGCCGGGCAAAUGGCGGGCGGGCAGAUGGGUGGCAUGGGCGGGCAAAUGUUCGGUGGGCAAUACGGGGGUAUGCAGCAGGGUUACGGAGGAUACGGCCAGCAGAUGAUGCAAGGUGGUCAACAACAAAUGAUGAACCAGGGAUUGGGCCAAAGCGUAAACCAAAUGGGCCAACAGGUAAACCCGAUGAGUCAGGGAGUCAACUCCAUCGGUCAGAACGUAGGUCAAAUGAACCAAGGCGUUGGUCAGCCGACACAGAUGCCUCAGUCUAUGAGCCAGAUGAGCCAAGGUAUGGGACAAAUGGGCCAGCCUAUGGGACAGAUGGGCCAGAUGGGACAGGGUGGCGGUAUGUCCGCCAUGAACAGCCAAGGCGGGUCUAUGGGACCGCAAGGUGGUAAUUCUAUGGGUGGAUUCCCUGGACAACAAACAUUCCAACAGAACAUGAUGGGUGGCCGCGCAAGUCAAGAAGCAUACCUAGCGCAACAGAGACAGAAUGCUCGACCGCCUUACAUGCAGCAAGCGCCGAACGUGACGAUGGGCGGUAUGGGCGGGCCCGCGCCUCCGUAUCCCCGCGGCAUGCAGAACCAGCAAAACACACAGUACCAGCAAAUGAACCAACAGCGCAUGCGGCAACAGAUGCUGGCCAUGCAACAGCAACAAGGGCCCCUCGUCCAACAUUUACAGAGGCAACAAUAUCAACCCCCCUACUAGUCUGCUGAACAGCUAGAUUAUAUUUUCUGCCUUUCACUUGCGAAAAGGGACUUAGACGAAUUCUAUGAGCCUCGGGCGAAAAUAAGAAAAUAGCGUUUCUUUUUUAUAUUUCUUUUCAAUUUAUUACCCGUUGCCAGAAAAUAAUUUCUGUAUAUUUAUGACAGAAUUUCUUAUCUGUAUAAAUUUUAAUCUAUGAUUUUAAAUUGUUUUAUAAUAAUUUGUAAUACUUCAAACUUAUGUUUCCAGACUUUGCUUAUUAUUCGUCUUUGAUUUUACAAUUUGACAGUUCUGACGUUACAAAACGCCACCCUUUUCUCAUUUGAACGCAUUCUACCAAAUAUUAAUCUAAAGUUGUACUAGUAGGAAUUUAUACCAAGACUACACAUGUAUAUUUACUUUAAAAUAGGUAAAAAUAAAUGUAUCUAUUUAGUGUAUGUAAAAUAUGAAUAUAGAUCUUUUUACAAUAGAUUUUUGAACAAAUGUGUUUGAAAUUGUAAACUUUGGUAGAAUCUUUGAAACAGUUAAGUUACCUUUUGAAUGUUACAUCUAUAGUCUUGGUGUGGUUAAGGUUCUAUUGUGACAGAGAAAGAAGGUCGCUAGUCUUUUUCACGACGUAACUUGAAAGGGCCUUUACACAUAACGUUUUUUUUUAUAACAAGUGACAUCUGUGUGUUAUGUACGUCUGUUGCCAUAGAGGUCGUUGGGUUCGUGUCUAUUCGUCCCAUUGUCAUUCAGUGCUUUGAACGAAACCCUUAGACACUGAGUUUAAAAAAAAACGUACUGUACAUAGAUCUCAAGUUCGUAGGUAAUGUUGGACAAAAGGACCAAAUACAUUUUCGUUAUGUCUUGGACCGAGUUUCUAUAACAUAAGGUCGAAAAUUGCAUCUCUUAAUGCUUAGAAAGUAUACCUGUAGUGGCGGACCAACAAACAAUCAUAGCAUUUAACGUAAAAAUUGACAAAAAGUUUGUCUUCACGAAAAUUGUCUCCAUCAGAUCUCUUUUUAUCGUUUUAAAAUGAUGAGCAGUAAUUCCAAGUAUCUGGCAUAUCUCUACAUUAAAAUCAACUUUCAGUGUGAUAUAACAGUGGCAACAGCUAAUUUAGUUAAAUAUUGUUGUUAGGCUAAUUAGUAGAACUACACUAUAGUUAUCAUAGCCAGUUUUUGUAUUAAAACUAUUUUAAGAUUAUUAUUGUUGUUUAAACAAUAAUAGAAAUUACAGUUUACUAAUCAUAGAGGCAAUCCAUGAAGAUUGUUCAACUCGUUUGUUCAAAUAUGAGAGAGCCAAGCUUUUAUACGAAUGCGUUGUAUAUCGCCGUAUGAGUCAGGUUACUCUCCCCCUAUCCAUCCCCAAUCCUUAAAAGGCGAGCAACGCACUCUUAACUUGCGGGUGUUUACGAGCGGCGCUGAUUGCUUUCCAUCAG